GGUCCACAAACCGUGUCCUCCUUCUCUGUGUACUGCAUUAUCAAUAUAUGUAUAGCUGCAUUACAAUUUACAAGUGAAUCAAUAUAAGUAAGUAAUUUACGCGGUAUCAGAAGAUAAUAAUUGUAUUAUGGACUAGUCUUUUUUUUUUUCCUAUACUAGCUAGCAAGAAGAAGCAGACGAAGAAUAUUCAUUUCUUUGUCUUUGUGUGUUGUUGUUUGGCUUCCUCCUCAAGCCAUUUUGUUUACUCUUUCUCUUCUCUCGAAAAAAGCCUUUCUUUUAUCUUCUCUUCCGCCAUUAAAGCUCUCACGGAAGCUCCCACGAGAACACCUUAUCUCCACCACAUAAACCAGACUUUUCCCCUCUCACGAGAUAUCAGAAUACCAAACCCAUUUGCGCUGUGCUUUUUACAGCCAGCUUUGUCUCUCUUCUUCUCAUCUCUCUCUCUCUGUAUAUAUAUAUAUAUAUAUAGUCUCUGUUUCCUGGACCUUCUUCAACGGCUACUACUAAGCUUCAAGAAGAAGAAGAAGAAGAUGAGAUUUACCAAGUUGAUUUGGUGUUUGAUGUUUCUGGUUCGACUCGGGUUCUUGACUGAGGCCAUUCUCGACCCGGUUGAUUUCUUGGCUCUGCAAGCCAUUCGUAAAUCCCUCGAUGAUUUGCCCGGUUCCAACUUCUUCCAGUCCUGGGAUUUCACCUCUGAUCCAUGCGGCUUCGCCGGCGUCUACUGCGACGGUGAUAAAGUGACUACUCUCAAUCUCGGCGAUCCUAGAGCCGGUUCACCCGGUUUAUCUGGUCGGAUCAACCCGGCUAUUGGCAAACUCUCUUCUCUCAUCGAGCUCUCCAUUGUUCCCGGUCGAAUCAUGGGUGCCUUGCCGGCGACAAUCUCGCAGCUCAAAGACCUUCGCUUUCUCGCAAUCAGCCGGAAUUUCAUAUCCGGCGAGAUUCCGGCGAGUAUCGGCGAGGCUCGCCGCCUCAGAACACUCGAUUUGAGCUACAAUCAGCUAACCGGAACCAUCUCUCCGUCGAUCGGAUCCUUACCGGAGCUCUCGAGUCUGAUUCUCUGCCACAAUCACUUAACCGGAUCAAUCCCACCCUUCCUCUCACAAACCCUAACCCGAAUCGAUCUCAAACGCAACAGCCUCACCGGCUCAGUCUCUCCGGCGUCUCUCCCUCCGUCCCUGCAGUACCUCUCACUCGCCUGGAACCAAUUAACCGGACCUGUAGACCGGGUUUUACUCCGGUUAAACCAGCUUAAUUACCUCGACCUCAGCUUAAACCGGUUCACCGGUACAAUCCCCGGUCGAAUCUUCGCCUUCCCCAUCACAAACCUUCAACUACAGCGCAACUUCUUCUAUGGUUUGAUACAGCCGGCUAGUCAAGUGACGAUCUCGACCGUCGAUCUCAGCUACAACCGAUUCUCCGGCGGCAUAUCUCCGCUUCUCUCAAGCGUAGAGAACCUCUACUUGAACAGUAAUCGGUUCACUGGUGAAGUUCCGGCGAGCUUCGUGGAGAGGUUGUUAGCGGCGAGUAUACAGACGCUGUAUCUGCAGCAUAACUUCUUGACGGGGAUACAGAUAAGCCCGGCGGCGGAAAUCCCGGUGAGCAGCUCGCUGUGUCUGCAGUAUAACUGUAUGGUACCGCCGUUACAAACGCCGUGUCCGCUUAAGGCCGGCCCACAAAAGACUAGGCCCAGUACACAAUGCAACGAGUGGCGAGGGUAAUCUCGUAAAUUACGCUUUCUGAUAUAUUAUUGGGCUUUUUUUUUUCUUUUUUUUUUUUGUCAAAAUAUAUUUUGUUAUAGUUUUUGAGGGACACACACAGUCAGAGUGUUUCAAUGUGUUAAAAAAAAACAACAAAGUCUUAAAGAGAAAGAAACGAUUCGUUUAUUCGUUAGGUGACUUGGUUCUGUAGAAGUGAAUAAGGAUUCUUCUAUAUAUGGAUGCGAGGAUGAAGUGUAGUAAAGAUCCAUCUAUUUUUUA